AUGGCUGCUCCCGCUAAGCUGGAAUCGCAACCGCCAAAAGUGAUUGACCUGCUGGCUUGGGACGCUGAGAUUUCCAAAACUGGCGCCAACUAUGAAAAGUUGUACGAGCAGAUCUCUCAGGCUUCAAAAGACUCUCCGGAGAAUGUAGAGAUUCUGUCUCGCCUUGCUCAGGCGACCUUUUUAGUGACGCUCAACAUGAAUGAUCCCAAGGAAAUCAAAGCUAAGACCACUGAAUCUCUAGAAAUUGCUGAGAAAGUGGUCGCCAAGGACAGCAACAACUUCCGUGGCCAUCUGUGGCAGGCGGCGGCCUCCGGCAAGAUCGCUCUUCUCGGCGUCUCGGUCCCCGAGAAGAUCAAGUACAGUAUCGCCUUCUUGCGCGCCCUCGCCGUGUGCAUUCGCUUGAACCCAAAGGACCCCAUGGUUCUGUUUAUGGAGGGCCGCUUUGCGCUGGCUCUUUCCUCACUGACUGAGGAGGAAAAGGCGGCCAUCCGAAAGGAGCUUCCGCUGCCUGAUAUUAACUGGGCCGAGGCUGAGGCCAAACUGCGCGAGUCCAUCGCCAUCAACGGCGCUCUCAUCGACGGCUACGUCACUCUGGCCUACCUGCUAGUCAAGAUGAAGAAGUACGCCGAGGCUAAAGAGGUCAUCGUCAAGGGCCUCUCUCAGCAGUUGGUCACCAAGUCUGACCAGGAGGUGGCGCAGGAGUUGAAGAGCCUCCAGACUCGCAUUAACAACAUUGUGCCGCAGUAA